CAUCUUACUACUUUGUGAAAGCACAUAUUGAAGAGCAUGAUAAAGGAGUUCAACACCCAAACAAGAGUCAGUGUGGGGUUGGAAACCCUCUGGACUGUUCUGUCCAAGGAUUUCAUUUUCAUAUCUCCAAAAGUUCUCCCAACUAUUGUGAAAGAUGUGCAAGUGAUUGAAGGCGAUGGAGGAGUUGAUACAAUCCUCAUCUUUAACUUUUUUCCUGGUGUAUCCCCACUAGGUUUCCAGAGGGAAAGGAUCACAGAGUUUGAUGAGGUUUCCCAUGAAAUUGGGCUGCAAGUGAUUGAAGGGGGCUAUCUGAGUCAAGGUUUGUCAUACUACAAAACAACUUUCCAACUAUCUUCAAUAGAGGAGCUUGAAACUUUGGUCAACGUGAAGAUCUCUUAUGAUCAUGAAUCUGAUGAGAUAGAUGAAAAUGUUAAGCCGACGAAGACAUCACAGUCAACUUUGAUGUAUCUUAAGCGCCUUGAAAACUAUCUGCAGAAUGAAGCUUGAAAGGUCGAUUUAUAAUAUUGUCAUACAUAUCCAUUAACUAUGUGAGGCCAGUUAUUCUAUCUUUCGUUUUGUUGCAGAAAUAAAAAUAAUAAACUGGUAUCUGAAUAGAUUGACCAGCUUCUCUUCACAAAA